UGUGGAGUGCUCCUUCCUCGGCCGCAGAGGAGGUCGAUUUGGAGGUGCUGCCUUUGGAUGCGGAGGUCGCGGAUGCGCUUCGAGUCGUCUUGACAUUCUGAACGCUACGGAGGAUUCGAAGAGGAUGCGCGGCGCUUUAGAGAACGGGUUGAUGUGAACAAUAUCAAAGCUCUGUGUUGUCCAGUGCACGGGCCUGCAAUGGCUGCCUUCACAAGGUUCUGCAACUUCCCCACCGUGGGCAAGGGGCCGUCCGCGGGGGUGGUGAAAUUCUGCUCGUCCUCUGGAGAAGUUCCCUAUGGCCCGACCCUUCGAGCGGGGCCCAGCCUGGCCACACUGGUGGUGCCGAUGGAAGGCAUGCAGCUGCUGCCGAUCAGCUGCGGCAUCUGCAAGCAGCUGUUUGACAAGCCCACAAUCGGCGGCAAGUGCGGGCACACGUUCUGUGCGGCAUGCCUCGUGGGCUUCAAGAAACAGAGCACUCCCAACGAUUGUCCCGAAUGCGAGGAGCGCCUGUACAUGUCGCAAGGGCCCGUUAACAUGGUGGCCGCCAGCAUCAUCAACAGCCUUAAGCGGCGCUGUGUGAAUGCGUUCACAUAUGACUGCGCGGCAAACGCGUAUACGCCGAUUGGCAGCCAGGAGGGCGUCAGCAGCAGCUGCUCGUUCGUGGGGUCCGCUGACGAGAUGGCCGCGCACGUGCCGACCUGCGAUCUGAACGUCAUCAUGUGCCCCGAAAAUUGCGGGCGAGUCGUGCUCCAAGGGGACCUCCCGACGCACCGGCAAACGGCGUGCACCGUGAUCUGCCGCCGCUGCAAAGCGAGCGUCCCGAGCCCGCUCAAGGAGAAGCACCGCAAGGACGAGUGCCCAGGGAUGGACGUCCCGUGCCAUAGGAAGGAAGACGGCUGCACCAUCGUGAUUCAGCGGAGCGAGUUGGCUUCGCACAUGGCGGUGUGCCCCUACGAGAGGCAUAGGACCGAACUCGUCGCGAUGCAGGACAAGGUCAAGGAGUGCCGGGAGCAGAUAGUGCGACAGACCGUCAAGAUCGAGGCCCUAGAGUUUGAGUUAGCCCAGAAGCGGCGGGCGCCUCAGGGCGUUACCGAGGACGACCCUCCAUACAAGAAGCGGAAAGCGUCCGACGGCGUCGGCCGGAUCAAAGCGGAACCAACGGACAUGGACCCAUACUCGGGACUGCCCCCGCAUCACGACAGUACUCAUCUGGGCAGCUCGCAAAGCGCCCUUCUGAGCAUGUUCCAGUCGUUCGAAGUGGCAAUGGCCACGAGAGCGGAUGAGGUCGAGGUCGCCGUCGCGAAAGCGCGCGCGCGCCUGGGCGUUCUGGAGACGCUCACAAAGGCCCUCGCCGCACGAAGGAAACCCGCGGCCGGCUAG